AUGGCUGCGUCCCAAUUAGCACGCUCUAAUGAGGAUGGUGGUGAGGUUGGUUCUUCCUUCCCCGACAUGCGUUCUCUGAUAAUUGCUUCCCCCAUCCUGACCCAGAGCGGACCCUCUGUUCUCCCUUCAACUGAAGCCGAUUCCACUUCUCCGUCUACAAUUACCAUGCCGAACACUGCCGAGACUGACGGUAGUAACCUCCUCCUUACCGCACUACCUGGCCGUUGUCUUGCCUUCUAA